UUUUGCAGCUCUAUGGUACUAUCUCUAUGUAUAAACCGUAGAGUAAAAGAAAGAAUACAAACUAACCUUAAAUUUACACACAACUGCCAGAAUAUCAAACUUAUAAUUAUUUUUGUGUGUUUUUAUAAAAAAUGGCUGUAACAUUACAUACCGAUGUUGGUGAUAUAAAAAUUGAAUUAUUCUGCGAAAGUUGUCCAAUGGCAUGCGAAAACUUUUUAGCACUCUGUGCUAGUGAUUUUUAUAAUGGAUGUUUAUUCCAUAGGAAUAUUAAAGGUUUUAUUGUUCAAACAGGAGAUCCUACAGGAACCGGUAAAGGUGGCACAUCAAUUUGGAAUAAGAAAUUUGAGGAUGAAUUUAAGGAAGAAUUAAAACAUAACGAAAGAGGGAUAGUAUCAAUGGCAAAUAAUGGGCCAAAUACAAAUGGUAGUCAAUUUUUUAUUACAUAUGGACCACAACCACAUUUAGAUUUAAAGUAUACAAUUUUUGGAAAAGUUAUUGAUGGUUUUGAUACAUUAGACGAAUUAGAAAAAUUACCUGUAAAUGCAAAAAAUUAUAAACCCUUUACAGAGACGCGAAUUAAUUGUGUGACAAUUCAUGCAAAUCCAAUUGCGGGUUGAUAAUACGAAUGGGUAUCCAAAUAUGACUUAAAUUAUUCUUUAAUUUUACCGAGGGCUUUAUUGAAUAGAAAUCUAUGUAUAUAAACUUAUUUUAAUCAAUUUUUUAAUUUUUUUUUGUAACUAUAAUUGAUAUUGUCGAAAGUUCGAAAUUCAUUAACGCAAAUAAGUUCUAAAGUCCAAGUUAGAAAAAGUAAUCCCAAAAUACAUUUGUAU